AUGAAGAUGUACACACUUGGCCAUCGGGCUGGAAAGGACAUGGCUAAAAGUAGAUUUGCUCUUUCCUACUCAGCAGGCUCGAGAUGUCUUUAUGGUUUCAAACCAUAUUUGCCCUUGGCAUGUGCGAAUCUAUCAUUGGAUGUGUCUCUUGAACCAUCUGCUGGCAAGGAUCGGGGAAGUCUCCCUGGUCGCCAAAGACCGCCUCAAUUCAAGACAGUAUGGGUCGAAAUUGGAUUUGUAUUUUCUACUUGCGUUUCUCAAGUUCUUUCGGAGUAUUUUGUUAGCGGAUUUGCUGUUGUUGUCCCAGAUCUCAUGAAAGAUCUUAAUAUCCCAAUAUCUUCAUCGACAUGGCCAGCGGCGGCUUAUUCCCUGAUGGUCUCAUCUGUAAUGUUACCACUAGGUAGACUGGCGGAUAUAUAUGGUGGACGACCUGUUUACAUCGCUGGUCUCUCGUGGCUUACACUCUGGUCGUUAAUCGCUGGGUUUUCAAAAGAUCAGUAUAUGCUUGAUAUAUGCCGAGCGUUGCAGGGACUCGGUCCAGCUGCAUUCAUGCCAUCAGGGAUGAUGUUAUUAGGCCGAACAUAUCGACCAGGACCGAGAAAGAAUCUUGUUUUCAGUGAGUGA